CAUUGCGAUUCCCAAUUACUUGGCGAUUAAGGCAACACGAAAUCCCACGGAUAAACGAAACGAACAGAUCGAUCCCCUCCCCUACGAUUCCCCUUCCCGAUCCCGUCACGUCUCCUGAAACACACGCUCUCCUCUCCCAUCCCCCGUCGUCGUCCCCUCGUCUCCCCCCACGUGCCAUUUCCCCACCCCAAAUCCCGGCGCCGCCGUCCACCGCAAGUCAUCUCCUCCCGCUCGCGCCUCCCGCAACCCGGCCACCAUAGCGCUCGCGCCCGGCGAUCGCCGGCGCUCCUCAGGUUCGUGCGUCUGGCAUGGCAGGGGAGUUAUACACUGACCCUGGCUUCUGUUUUCAUGAAUGAUGUCCUUCUUUUCGAAGGACACACAUGUGCAAACAAGAUUUAAGUUGCCAUGGAGAAGCCAAUCACCAUUAUCGGCACAACUGCUUGUUGAUAUUCCACCGGAAAUAGAGUUGUCAGACUACCAAAGAUUGCCAAGUUCGGGAAGUGAGAGCCCGUCUGGACUUCUCCAUGGUGAAGGUUUCAAGGAAGAACCGAUAGCUGACUUGGAUAUUUUCUUCGAAAGGCUUUAUGCAUAUUUCUGCGCAAAAGGGCUCAGGUGUAUCAUUACCAAAUGGAUAAUAGAUAUCCUUAAUGUACUAUUUAUGGUCUGGUGUAUUGGGUUCUUCUUCUUAUUUGUUGAUUGGAAUGCCCUUGGUCAUUUGAAAUGUGGUGUGGAGGCACUUGAGUCUGGGGAGAAACCAUGUGAUCUUAUGAAGGUCAUUAAGCAUAAUCCACUGGUUCCCUUCACAUUACCUAAAAUGAUAACUGUUGGAUCAAUGGUUAUAUUGACAACCUAUGGACUAACCAACUUCCUCAAGUUCUUUGUACAGUUAAGAAGUACACUAAGUGUCCGUCAGUUUUACUAUGACAGCCUUAAGGUCACAGAUCUCGAGAUCCAAACAAUAGCAUGGCCCAGAAUAAUCGAGAAGGUUGUCCUGCUGCAGAAAUCUAAAAAACUUUGUGUUGUUAGGGAUCUCUCGGAGCAUGAUAUUGUCAUGAGAAUAAUGAGGAAAGAAAAUUAUUUGAUUGGUAUGGUCAAUAAAGGCAUUCUUUCAUUUCCAAUUCGUUCUUGGGUGCCUGGAGCUGGUCCAAGUGUCAGAUCUCUUGUGCAUGACAAGAGAAACUGUCUUAUACUUCCAAAGGCCUUUGAGUGGACCUUAAAUUGGUGCAUCUUCCAAAGUAUGUUUGACAGUAAAUUUUGUGUACGGAAAGAGUUUUUGGCAAGCCCAGCUGUGUUGAAAAAACGACUUGUAUUUGUGGGCAUUGCAAUGCUUAUUCUGUCACCCUGCCUUGUGAUCUUUCCAUUGGUGUACGUCAUUCUAAGACAUGCCGAGGAAAUUUAUAAUCACCCCAGUACAGCAUCAUCUAGACGAUGGUCAAACUUAUCAAAGUGGAUUUUUAGGGAGUAUAAUGAGGUUGAUCAUUUCUUCAGACAUAGACUGAACAACAGUGCUGUGCAUUCUUUGAAUUACUUGAAGCAAUUUCCAACCCCACUGGUUUCUAUCAUGGCAAAAUUUGUAUCUUUUGUUUCUGGUGGCUUGGCUGGUGUUCUAAUAAUCAUUGGAUUUGUGGGUGAAUCCAUGCUCGAGGGACAUAUUUUCGGAAGAAAUCUAUUCUGGUAUACUAUUGUUUUUGGAACAAUAGCAGCUAUAAGUCGAAAAGUAGUGGCUGAUGAACUUCAAGUAAUUGACCCAGAAGGGGCCAUGUGUCUCGUUGUCCAGCAAACACAUUACAUGCCAAAGCGGUGGCGUGGUAAUGAGAGCAGUGAACUUGUUCGAAGAGAAUUUGAAACACUAUUUCAGUAUACUAUAAUAAUGCUACUAGAAGAGAUGGCCUCCAUUUUCAUCACUCCUUACUUGCUCAUUUUUGAGGUACCAAAGCGUGUUGAUGACAUUCUGCGCUUCAUCUCAGACUUCACAAUUUAUGUAGACGGGGUGGGAGAUAUAUGCAGUUUAAGCUUGUUUGACUUCAGAAGACAUGGAAAUAGAAACUAUGGGUCAUCAUUUGAUGCACUUAAAAGCCUCAGGAGCUCCCAAGGGAAAAUGGAGAAGUCAUUCUUAAGUUUUCAGAGUGUGUAUCCAUCAUGGCAGCCAAAUGCUGAAGGCAAGCAGUUCUUAUCUAACCUCCAAAAGUUCAAGGAAAGGCAAAUACGUCAACAAGCUCUUGCACAAUAUCAAGCAAUGGAAGCAUCAGGCUUUGUGGCAAGCACUAGAGGUCAUAGGAAUGAUACCUUCCAACAAUUGCUCACAAGCGAUAUCCAUAACCACACUGAGGCCAUUCCACGAGCUGUAUAUAACUUGGGUCCCUUGGGAUUGCUUGACACGGAUCAAAGAACUUAUCCAUAUAUUCUGGACUGGUAUUACAUGUGUCAUCCACCACAUUCAGAUAGAGCUGAGGCUCCCGAAUUCGAACAAGCAUUCACUGAAAUUGGUGUGAACACAAGUCCACCAGCAAGGGAAACAUCUGAAAUCGAAGAAGUGGGAAACUGGGACUAUGAGUUGUAUGAAAGAAUUCAAAGUCAUUUGGGGGCAUCAACAUCAAGUGCUUUGUUCCAGAAUGCUCCAGUAAAGCACCACAAUACAGAAGAAAACUCUAAUAGCCAUUGGUGGGCUCAUGCCCCUGCAUAUUCUGCUGGUCCGCAAGGCAGUUUCCUCGAGCCUCCAGAAUUUGGAAAUCAAUACAUGACUGGUCCUCGUUCCAGUCAUCACAGUGGCGGUCUGUCAGAGGCAAGUGCGGAGGAGCUAGAGCAGAGCAAUAGCAGAAGCAGCAGCGGCUGGAGAAGCCCCCAAGCCUUGUCGAAGACAAGGUAUAUGGACGACUCUGACAUUGAGGAAGGGCUGAGCCUUCAUUUUGCUGAUGCCCAUCAGAAAGAUGCAGAUGAUCAACACGCGGUCGCUGAUCAUCAGGAGCCCGCACCAGCUGGCCUUCAAGUAAGAAUAAUACCUAGAAGCAGUGACCCUGUGUAGGCUGGAAAACUCGCAGGAUUAGUAGUGUGCAUGGUUGUAAUUUGUAGUGUGAACCACAUCAGAAACCGAGGACACGUCUCGCUCAAAAACUGGCAAAACAGCCACAAAUUCUUUUGUACAGAUCAGUAACCUCUGUGUAUAUAGUCCCGUCCAGCUCUGUUUAGGGUGGGGAUGAAAGGAACAUUCUUUUGCAA